AUGGUGAAGCUAGCAUCAGCUAGAGAGAGUAGAAUGUACGGCCCACGACUGGCUAGAAAUAGGGCAGAAUAUAUGAACGCAGGGCUCUAUGUGUUUGCAACUAUCGUGCUUAUUGGUGGGUUUGUGGCUCAAUUGUCAAAUGAACCCAAGUCAGGUCUUGCGCUUUUGCUUAUAGCUCUCCUACUUAUUGUGGUGGUUAAUCUUCAUGAUCUUGUUGCUCAUCUAGCCGGGAUUGAUUAUCGGUUGCCUUUGAUGGGGUUUGAUACACAGCUUGCACUUGUUGAGUUUGCGGUUCCUGUGGUUCAGGCGUUGGGGACUUCGCUUUCUUUCUUGGGUAUUCUUUUUCUUUUUAUUCAGGAAUAUAAGGGAUCAUAUGGUCACUUCAAAUUGGAAAGGCAUGCUUUGAACUUGCUUAUUGCUGGACCAGCUUUGUGGGUGCUUGGAUCCAUACACAACUCAUGCCAAAUAUACGAGAGAGCUAAUGGGCAUGUACAAAUCUUGCAACAGAGUGUCCACAUCCCAUUUUUAAUGGGAAGUUUGCUAUUCUUGGUUGCUUCCAUUCUCAAUAUUCGUGAGCAAGCAGGAUGGAACCAUCAUGGACUGAAUUUACUGGGAAAGACUUGGGUUUGGAUAGGCAUCUUUGGAAGUCUAAUGUUCUUUAUAGGGGGGUUAACAAAUGUAGUGAAAGUGUUCAAGAUGCAGCAAAUUGAUGGAGUACGGUUAGAGAAAUUGCGAGGAGGGGCUCAAGAGCGUUUGAUAGGAGAAAGGGAUGGCCACGCACCACUCAUCCUAGAAGAGGAGAGGAGGAGGAAAAGGAUAGCCGAGGAAACAAGAGCAGCAGCUCUUCCUGCACAAACUCCUUACAAAGAUGUACUUGUUGGCCAGCCUUGA